AUGACACGAAGGCCGUUGGAACAGGACCUUAACAAGUAUUAUGAUGAUAGGAGAGUGAUAAGCGACUUGUCAAGAUUCGAAUAUAGUACGGGAGGUCCUAGAAACCGAUCGCGUAAUACCACACCAACAUCUAUUGAUACUAAGUCGAUGACGGACUCAAAGUAUGGGGAUUUUGGUAAUGAAACCCAAUAUCAUGUGGAUUCAACGAACCAUGGCUAUCUCAAUGAUAUAUAUAAACACUAUAUGAAACCGUCUUUUGGUUCAUUUAACGAUGCCGAUAAUUCAUUCGUGCCUUAUCCUACAUCGUUGAGCGACAAGGAUAGCAAAAUACUUCUUCCUUAUAAUAACAAGGCGGCGUUGGAUCUUCCCAGUUUACCCUCAUUCAAUACACUUCAUAUCGACCAGUCUAACGAUACGUUGUGCUCAAGCUCAAGUACGUUACCAAGUAAAACAAACAAGGAAUUACCUCCAAUAAUGGCUACUGAAGAAUAUGUGAAGCAGAACGAAAAGGAUACGGAGUCAGCAUAUACUCCACAACCUGAUCUACAAAGCUUGUCGUCUCGAAGAAAAGAUUUGGAGCAUGAUUUGAUAAAGAAAGUUAUGAAUAGACCAGUAGCAUCAUUUCCUGUCGGAACAAUGACUGGGUCGCAAAUAUAUGGUGAUACACAUGUUACCAUCACAGCAAAUUUCAUUCUAUACGUGUUUGAAAUAAUCAUUGCCAUCAUAGUCGUGACUCUAUGCAGUGUCCUUGCUCAGAAGGAUAACAAACUAGACAACAGUGUUUACCGGUACCUAAUUGCAGAUGGAAUAGUAUCACUUAUAGUGCUGUUGUUAUUCAUAACCACUGUCAUCAAUUUCGAAAAGCGGAAUGGGAAUUUUUAUUGCCUAGUGGCAGCAGUCAUGAACUUUGUUUCUUUUGUUAUUGCCAUAGCAGUGCUAAUACCUAAUUCCAAUUGCGCAAAUGAAUCUAUCUGCACCAUGAGAAAAGCUGCUGCAGGAUUUAUCAUAAUAUCGUUCUGCUUGUGGUUGAGCAAUCUCGUUAUGUUAUUAACUACAUACUAUAUUUCAAACUUGAACCUACUUCAAGACAUAAACUUUGAUUACAGUAACAGAGGUUUAGACAGUAAUUACAAUGAGACAAUACAAAACAGGCCAGUACCAUAUAUAGAGCCUACUAGUCCAGACUCUAAUCAACCUUUACGAGAAUAUUUACUUAAUGAAAAUGGGGAGAUGUAUGAGGUUCAGGAUCCAGCUCAAGUUAUAGGGCGAAGUAAAAUUAUUGUGUAUGUAUGA